CCUCAGACAAUUUCAAGUUAAACACCCUCAAAUCAAACAGUGGCUAUAAAUGUUUUGUUUUUUAAAAAAAAGGUUGACAUCCUUAUGGUUGUUAGAGUGACAACGGUGUGAUUUGGUGCAUUGAUUUCACACAUUCGGCGAUUUGUAUUGAGUACGUAGCAAGUCGUGUAUUGGUUUGAACCAAUUAUAUAUAGCAGCCGUAGAUUAGAGUGACCAGCAGGGGACCAGAAACGUCGGGGAGGUAAUCAGGACAGAUUAGAUAUUCUGUGAAAAUGAAGGGAAAAAAAGCAUUGCUGCUUCUAGCACUGCUUGGCUUUGCCCAACUCACAAUCUUUGUACGAUGUGAAGAAAAUGAUGCCACAGAGGAGGAGGAGGAAGAUGGUGAGGAGGAAGAUGGUGAAGAUGAAGAGGAGGACACUGAUACAGAUGCCAAAGAAGAAAAUGGGGUGUUGAUUUUGACAGAUUCUAACUUUGACACAUUUGUAGCUGACAAGGAUACUGUGCUGGUGGAGUUCUAUGCACCAUGGUGUGGACACUGUAAGCAGUUUGUUCCUGAGUAUGAAAAAAUCGCACAAACUCUGAAAGAAAAUGAUCCACCAAUCCCUGUAGCCAAGGUUGAUGCUACAGCAGAGACCGCACUUGGCAGCAGGUUUGAAGUUCACGGUUACCCCACUUUCAAGAUCCUGAAGAAAGGGCAGCCAGUGGAUUAUGAUGGAGAUCGAUCAGAAAAAGCUAUUGUUGCCAAAGUAAAGGAGGUGGCUCAGCCAGACUGGGCUCCCCCACCGGAGGUCACCAUGGUCUUGACCAAUGACAACUUUGAUGAGGUGGUCAACGAGGCAGACAUCAUUCUUGUGGAGUUCUACGCACCUUGGUGUGGACACUGUAAGCAGCUCGCUCCGAAGUAUGAAAAGGCUGCCAAGGAGCUCAGCAGGCGCACUCCACCCAUUCCACUGGCGAAGGUUGAUGCUACAGUAGAAUCUGAGGUUGCCAAACGGUUUGAAGUCUCUGGUUACCCGACACUGAAGAUCUUCCGAAAGGGCAAAGCAUUUGAAUACAAUGGACCAAGAGAAGAGCAUGGCAUCGUGGAUUAUAUGAUUGAGCAGGCUGGGCCUCCUACCAAACACAUCCAGGCUGUAAAGCAGAUACAGGAAUUUGUUAAGGACGGGGAUGAUGUCAUUAUUGUUGGUGUCUUUGCUGAUGAUCAGGAUGCUGCUCUGGAACUUUACCGAAAUACAUGCAACAACCUGAGAGAAGACUACAAGUUCCACCACACCUUCAGUAAUGAAAUCUCAAAGUAUUUGAAAGCUUCUGCAGGACAAGUGGUCAUGAUGCAACCUGAAAAAUUCCAUUCCAAAUUUGAAUCCAAAUCCUAUAUCUUAACUAUUACAGAAUCCACCACCGAGGCAGAAGUGAAGGAGUUCAUUGAAAAACAUACCCUACCAUUGGUUGGACAUAGGAAGCAGAGUAAUGAUGCCAAGAGAUACACCAAACGUCCAAUGGUUGUCAUUUACUAUGGUGUUGACUUCAGCUAUGAUUAUCGUGUUGCCACUCAGUUCUGGCGUAACAAAGUUUUGGAAGUAGCCCAUGAUUUCCCAGAAUACACAUUUGUAAUAGCUGACGAGGAGGACUAUGCAGAAGAGCUGAAAGCACUGGGCCUGAGUGAUAGUGGGGAGGAGGUGAAUGUUGGAAUUCUGGGAGAUGGAGGCAAGAAAUACAGCAUGGAACCUGAAGAAUUUGAUUCAGAUGUACUGAGGGAGUUUGUCAUGGCAUUCAAGAAAGGAAAAUUAAAAGCUGUUGUGAAAUCUCAACCAGUGCCCAAGAGCAACAAAGGCCCAGUGAAGGUUGUUGUGGGAAAAACCUUUGAGGAAAUAGUCCUGGAUAAAAAGAAAGAUGUCCUCAUUGAGUUCUACGCACCAUGGUGUGGGCACUGCAAACAACUGGAGCCAGAAUAUAAUGAAUUGGGAAAGAAGUACAAGCAUGAGAAAAACCUAGUUAUUGCCAAGAUGGAUUCCACUGCCAAUGACAUACCUAAUGAUAACUACAAAGUAGAAGGAUUCCCCACUAUUUACUUUGCACCCAGCAACAACAAACAGAACCCUGUCAAAUUUGAAGGUGGAACUCGAGACGUGGAAAGCUUGAGCAAGUUUUUGAAAGAGCACGCAACACACUUGUCAGAGAGAAGUAAAGAUGAACUGUAAAGAAUCUACUGGUAGAGGUUACUUGUGACUUUUAGGAAAAACCUGUGUUUAAUAAUGCAGUAAGCAAAACUAAAAAGGUAUUGGGUUGUUGGUGGUUUUUUUUUUUUUUUUUUUUUUGGGGUGGGGGGUGGGUGUGCAAUCCAGUUGUGCAAAUGGUUGGUAAUGAAUGUAUGUGAACUGAAUGUGUUGUACCAACAGUUGUGUUAAGUAAAGAAAAUAAAAACUGCCAGUGUGUUCUGAAAUCUCGAGGUUCCAAUUUUCCAAAGCUUGCACUGUUUACCAGUUGCGUGUGUUUUGUAAUGAAAUCUUUUUAAAUAAAAGAUUAUAAAAGGG